CCCAAUCCUCACCUAAUUCCCGUCGGUUUUUUUUCUCUUAUCCCGUCGUCCAAACACCUGUUCUUCAGAUUUUCUCUUUCGUAAUCCCUUUCUCAAGAGAUUUUCCAUCGGAAUUUCUCUGGAAAUUAGGGUUUAUACGAAGAGAUAAUCAUGAGCUUUCAGGAUGUGGCACGAGGACGGUCCAAGGCAUCGAGACAGAACGCGAUCAACGGCAAGCUGGAUGCCACUCAAGCUGUUGCUUCCGGCAUUUUCCAGAUCAACACCGCUGUUUCCACCUUCCAGCGUCUCGUCAAUACCAUCGGGACACCUAAGGACACUCCUGAGCUGCGGGAGAAGUUACACAAGACAAGGCUACAUAUUGGGCAACUGGUGAAGGAUACUUCAGCCAAACUUAAACAAGCUAGUGAAACAGAUCACCGUGCUGAUGUUAGUGCAAGCAAGAAAGUCACUGAUGCUAAACUUGCAAAAGAUUUUCAAGCAGUUUUGAAAGAGUUUCAGAAGGCUCAACGGCUUGCAGCUGAAAGGGAAACAACUUAUACUCCUUUUGUUCCCCAUCCCCAGGCAGUUCUUCCUUCAAGCUACACAGCCACUGAGCUAGAUGCAGCUUCAGAUAAGGCUGCUGAACAGCAUGCUCUUCUUAUGGAAUCUAGAAGGCAGGAGGUAUUGCUGUUGGACAAUGAGAUUGCAUUCAAUGAGGCUAUCAUUGAGGAAAGAGAGCAGGGAAUCCAAGAAAUCCAGCAGCAUAUUGGUGAGGUAAAUGAGAUUUUUAAAGAUCUUGCUGUGUUGGUCCAUGAGCAAGGAGCUAUGAUUGAUGACAUUGGUUCCCACAUUGAAAAUGCCCAGGCUGCAACGGCACAGGGGAGAUCACAACUUGCGAAAGCUUCCAAGACACAAAGAUCAAAUUCAUCUCUGGCCUGCUUGCUCCUGGUGAUAUUUGGAAUUGUGCUGCUCAUCGUCAUUAUAGUACUUACAGCAUGAUAAAAUUACCGAUCACGUACAACAAAAGCUGCUCGAACAAGAGGACGAUGUCUUUGCUGAUAUCUUUGAUAAUUUUUUUUGGAGAGAAAUCAUGGCUGACUGAAGCGUGUCAGUUUUUAAUCCAAGCUAGUAUAUAAUGACUGCGUCUCCAUUUAUGAUACUCAGUUCCUAAUUGGAUGGGUUGCGUUUUAUUCUUUUAAGCUCGUGUCUGGGUUUGACGAGGGUGCUGUGUUAAAGCUUUGGUGUACUGAUCCCAUUUUAUUCUUAAAUUAUAAUAAAAUUCCUAAUUCUUU